UCGCCUGAUAGCAUCAUUAUGAAUCUCGUCUCUUUUCUGUCUCGGACCCAUCUCAUGCUUUCCUUUACGUUUCAUUAUUUACAAUACGAUGCUGUCUACCAAGAUGUGGGCGCCGUGAAUUGUCGCCAAGUAUGCGCCGUCUACUACAACAAGUCAUCUGGCUUCGAGAUCAUCCACGGCCUUCUCGACAGGCUGAUGCAGGUCCUCGAGGUUUACCCCUCCGCCGACCUAGUCAAAGAUAAAAAGUCAAUUGGUGCCUCUGCCAUAUCUCUGGAACGGACUGUCUAUUUUCUAGAGCCCACUCAAGAUGUCAGCUUCUUUGAAGGUCGCUGUGCGCGAAUCUUGCUCUGUCGGCAGACCGAAAACUCGGAUUUAUCUUCCCUACCAACUAAGCCUGCGCCCUUGGUUGUUGGCCAUUUCGGUGUAUUGCAUCCUGAAGUUCUGCGAAAUUUCGACCUUUAUUUGCCUUGCUCCGCACUUGAGCUGAAUCUAGAGGACUUCCUCUAA